AUGGCAGAAGAAAGCCCUCUCUUCCUUCAUUACUCUCCGCUCCCCAACCUGACGAGAAGCCCGGAUGAUGAAGUCCCGGGCUUGGUCGAGAGAGCGCAGAGCGUCGAUGGUCUGGGCCCAGCCUUCGACAACUUCCUUGUCUCAUACGAGCACGCCUUCUUUGACCUCUUUGACCGCCAGGUGGAAUUGAUCAAAUCCCGUUCGCAGGCCUUUGAGGAUGGACACGUCACGGUCUUCGACAAGUCACUUCUUAUCCUCACUCAUAACGGGCAACAUCUCAACAACCCGGCAGCGAUCAAAUACUACUGCAAAGAAUAUCUGAACAUUGAUAUUGACACCCGUGACGCUACCCACGCGUUGACACCAAGGCUCCAGCAGACCGUGCAACUGACCGAGGCUCUGCAGCAGGGUAUGUUGAUCCUAAUUCCUACCCGUGACUACUUAUCUGAUGAACGCGUUUUUACAGAGCUGUCUCGGGGCAGGACCAGCACAUUUGAGAAGGGUCCUGGGAACAGACCCGCCCAGUUGUCGCCUGUCGACCCACACCUUCGCAACGACAUGGAACCCAAAUUAGCAGUGUUGUGGUCCGUCUACGAAACUGCUCGAGCAGAGUAUGAGGCCUUCGUCGACAAGGACGACAAAGACGACAUCGAUAUGGCAGUCAAGAGAGCCAAGUUCCUGCGUGAUACGGCCGAAAACAUCCUCCUGUACCUCAAGAAUAAGAAUGCCGACCCUUCGAUGAUUGCAGAGCUCGAAAGCACAUUUAACCAUGCCAAAAACACUGCCGUCUGCUUGACCGGCGGCAAGAAGCGCAAAUUCGAUCCCGCAGGGAUGGACAAGAUCAAGGGUACGCCGCGUGGGCCAAGCCUGCCGUCCAGGAAAGAGAAACAACGUGGAAGCGGAGGCACAGAUGGAGGGAAUUACAAACAACAACAGCAUCGGUAUCAAUACCAGCUUCCUCAUCAUCCUCAUCCAGAUGUCUCCAGUGGUCAUGCUGGCGAGAACACGAGCUCCUACGGAUGGGUAAGCUCUGAUCUCCCCAGUGGACACGGUUACUCUCACCAGGCAAUCCACCCUGACACUUUCACCUAUUACGAUCAAGAUCCACAUCAUCUGGCAUAUGCUGGUGGCGGUGGUAGUGGUGGUGCGACAGCAACGAGCAGAGACCAUCGGCACAGCUAUGGACACGGCUAUGACCAGGGGGAGGAAGACGAAUACACCUCUGCUGCCGCGCCAUAUAACGCAGCCGUUUCCAGCAGUCAUCACCGUCACCCCCAGGAACGUGUCCAAAGCGUCUCCCGCACUGGACCAGCCCCCUUGUUCAACGAGCCCGCUUCCCCUAUGAGCAUCGAUCCUCGCGAUAUCAGAGACCACGAGCGCGGUGGAAGGAGUCCCAGUCCUAGGUCGCCGUCACUCAAGCGCGAACGCGAACGCGACCACGACCGCCACAGCCGCCACAGUCGCCGCAGUCGCCGGCACCGUGACCGUGAGCACCACCACCGUCACCACGGCCGUGACCAGCAUCACCGACAUCGUCGAGACCGGAGCCGUCGACGCUCCAGAUCGCCCGUGAUCGACCGAGCUUACGACCAAGCAUAUUCGCAAGCUCGACGCCACGAGCGCGAACUCGAACGCGAAUGGGACCACGGUGAUAACAGAAACGUCGACGCCAGGGUCGACGACUGGGCCAGGGAGAUGACUAGAACCAGAACCAGAGCCGAUGCCGGUGCCGGUGCCGGUGCCGGUGCCAGUGCAGGCGGCAGUAGCCGUCGGACAGUACCCAUGGUUGAUCAUCGCGAGAACAGCCCCUUCUUCUACGGCGGCUAUGGCGGCCAUACCGGCCACACCGGCUACGGGAUGUUGGAUUCGUACGUGCCGAGUCGCGAUCGCAGCCGCAGCCACGACCGCGGGCGACGUGGCUCUUGA